UCCUUGCACUGCCCAAGCUGAAAUGCAGAAGUAAAAAAAUCCGUUCUGAGAGAUGAAGAAUCAUAAAAUCAUAAGUCUGAAAGGCACCAAAAAUCAUGAAGAAAACCCUUUUCUUGAGGAAAAAUUAUUUGUGAACCUGUCUGGCAUGCUCCUUAGGAGUCAUUCUGUGAUCUUGCAAUGUGCUUCUGGGAUCUUCUCUCGUCAUUGUUGCUUGUAAGGCAGCUUUAAAUUAAUGAUAAGGAAGCCAUUCAGGGCAUGGGCUGUGCUGAGGUUCACAGCUUUCAUUCUGAAUGAGAGAUUAAAGUAAACUGAUAUUGAAAGCAAGGAGGGAGAAACAAACACAGUCACUAAGCCUAUAAAGUCUUAGCCAAUUGCGAUGGCGAACAUCCUGCUGGCGAGGGUGACCUUGAAUGAACUAAGUGGGAUAAAGUCACCAGCCUGGACUGACGGCUGAAGAAUCAGGCUGGAUUCCAGCAAACAGAGAGCAGAUUCCUGACAAGAGUCUUCUGAGCUGUGGCAAUGGCUUCUCGGUGUCGGAAAUGUGGACAACAGGUACCCAGGAAUCUGCCUUUCACUGCUGUCCGGAUAACAGAGGGAGAAAUGAAAUCUUACCAUGAUUUUAUAGGAGGAUGCGUUAGGCUGGAGCGCAUGGCAAAGAAAGAUGAAAUCAUGCAGCAGGAGAUACGGCCGUUGGUAGCAGUGGAUAUAAUAGAGCAGCUCCACAGGCAAUUUGCUAUCUUGUCAGGAGGAAGAGGGAAGGAUGGGGCACCCAUUAUAACCUUUCCAGAAUUCGCAGGAUUCAGUGAAAUACCUGAUGAAGAUUUUCUGAAUGUGGUCACGUAUCUAACCAGCAUUCCCAGUCUGGAGGCUGCCAGCAUCGGAUUCAUCAUCAUCAUAGACAGACGACGGGACAAAUGGAGCGCAGUCAAAGCAUCCCUGACACGGAUAGCAGGAGCAUUUCCAGGAAACUUGCAGCUGGUGUUUGUCCUGAGACCCUCCCGCUUUAUCCAAAGGGCGAUCGCUGACAUUGGCAUUAAACUCUAUCGAGAUGACUUUAAAAUGAAGGUACCGAUCAUCAUGUUAAACUCUGUCUCUGAUCUGCAUGGCUAUAUUGACAAAAGUCAGCUGACCCGGGAGCUGGGAGGAACUCUGGAGUACGGCCACAGCCAGUGGAUCCACCACCGAACUGCUAUUGAAAACUUUGCAAUGACAGUAAAAACAACAGCACAGAUGCUACAGACCUUUGGAACAGACUUAGCAGAGACUGAACUUCCCAACGAUGUGCAGUGCACAGAGGAGCUCCUCUCCGCACACACCGACCACCACAGCAAGCUGAAGGAUGAGCUGAAACUAGCAGUGAAGCAGGGGGCCACCUUGCUGACAUGCAUUCGGGAGCCAGUCACCCGAAGUGCCAACAGCAAACUCAGUCCAGAUGAACUGGAAAAUGUAGCCACAGUAGAAAGGUUGUUGGCUCAGUUGGAUGAAACAGAAAAGGCUUUUGAUCAAUUUUGGACCAAACAUCAUCUAAAACUAGAACAGUGCCUGCAGCUUCGACACUUUGAACAUGAUUUUAGAGAGGUAAAACUGACAUUGGAUAACCUCAUGGAAGCACAAGCAGGUUUUGCUGACAUUGGGGACAGUGUGACUCGAGUGGAGCACCUCCUAAAGGAACAGAAACAUCUGGAAGAGAAAGGACAGGAACCUUUGGAGAAGGCUCAGUCUCUAGCUCUUCAUGGAGAACAGCUCAUCCAAAACAAUCAUUAUGCAGUUGACUCCAUUAGACCAAAGUGUGUUGAACUCAGGCGGAUUUGUGAUGACUUUACCAAUGAGACCAAGAAAAAGUAUGAUAUUUUGGGAAAGUCUCUUGAGCUGCAUAAGCAGUUAGAUAAGGCAAGCCAAUGGUGUGAAGCUGGAAUCUACCUCUUAGCUUCCCAGUCACAAGAGGGAGCUGAAACUGCACUCGUUGAAAUUGAGAAGUUCCUGGUAACAGCCAAGGAACACCAGCUCUCUAACCCAAAGGAGUUCUACAAUCAGUUUGACAUGAUCCUCACCCCUGAAAUAAAGGCCAACGCCCAAAGAAUUGUACAAAAACUUGAAGAUGUACAAGAAAUGUUUGACAAGAGGCAAGUAAGUUUGAAGAAGCUGGCAGCCAAACAGACCCGGCCAGUACAACCUGUUGCUCCACAUCCCGAAUCUUCCCCAAAACGAGCAUCACCAAAGAUUACCAGGCCAGCAGCAGUAGCUACCAACAGGAGGUCCACCGAAAUUUCCUGCCCUCCAAAGACAGUUUCUGAAGUAGAGUUAUCAAAAAAGAAAAGCAUUAAGAAGACUAAAGGUGGAAUUAAGAUUGAGGUGAUGCAUGAAGCAAGUCAAGGAGGAUCUAGCAGAGUCCUGGUGACCAGUGAAAGUGAUGAGAACUUGUCAACAAGGAGGAGGUAAACACUGAAGUUACCUGAUGCAAAAGACUCCAUUUCUAAAAACCUUAGGUUGAUACAUUAUGUUAGACAAAUUGGAGAGACAUACAAAUCAUCAUUAUCUGAAUUUAAUUAUACCCUAGGAAAAUACUAUGUCUGGUCCCCAAAUCAUCAACUAGUUUUCAAAAGGUGCAAAGUAGUACCUGAAAUCUUGUGGAGAUAAAUACACAUCUCCAGAGGA